CUUGUCCUUAAGUCUGGCUGGCGGAUUGGGUGGUCUUGUGAUUUUCCCUCGCCCCCCCGUCUAGACUGUUUGUUUUUCUCUUUGCCUCUUUUUCAUAUCUUUUUCACCGCCCGGUUGCUAAGUCGGAGUGGAUGAUGGGUCAACCAAUUUCCUCCGGGACCGCACGACCCACCCGCUUAUCCUUGCCCUCUCUACUCGAGUAUGGAAAAUACCUUGACAUGGCUAACACUGGUUUGUUCAGUUGAACGUGGAACUCCCGCAGAUGGUCAAGGGGGUCUUCUCCGAACACAUCGACUCGCAGAUCCAGGCCACCACCAAAUUCAGGAAGCUUCUAUCCAAGGAGCGUAAUCCUCCCAUCGAGCGUGUUAUCGAGACCGGCGUCGUGUCCCGUUUCGUGGAAUUCCUCCGAUCCCCCCACACUUUGGUUCAGUUCGAGGCUGCUUGGGCCUUGACCAACAUCGCCUCUGGAUCUGCCCAACAGACUCAGGUGGUCAUCGAGGCCGGUGCCGUCCCCAUCUUCGUCGAGCUCCUGAGCAGCCCCGAGCCUGAUGUCCGGGAACAGGCGGUUUGGGCCCUGGGUAACAUUGCGGGUGACAGCCCUCAAUGCCGGGACUUUGUGCUCAACGCCGGCGCUCUCCGUCCCCUGCUGACCCUCAUCAACGAUGGUCGAAAGCUGAGCAUGCUCCGUAACGCCACAUGGACCCUGAGUAACUUCUGCCGUGGCAAGACGCCUCAACCUGAUUGGACCACCAUCGCUCCCGCUCUUCCUGUCCUCGCUAAACUUAUUUACAUGCUUGAUGAUGAAGUCCUGAUUGACGCUUGCUGGGCUAUCUCUUACCUGUCCGAUGGUUCCAACGAUAAGAUCCAGGCUGUGAUCGAGGCGGGCAUUCCCCGUCGUCUGGUGGAGCUCCUGAUGCACGCCUCUACCUCCGUCCAAACUCCCGCUCUCCGGUCGGUUGGAAACAUUGUCACUGGUGAUGACGUCCAGACCCAGGUGAUCGUCAACUGCGGCGCUCUCCCCGCCCUUCUUUCCCUCCUGAGCUCCACCAAGGACGGCAUCCGCAAGGAGGCCUGCUGGACGAUCUCCAACGUCACCGCUGGCAACUCGAACCAGAUCCAGUCCGUUGUUGAUGCUAACAUCAUCCCGCCCCUGAUUCACCUGCUUGCCAAUGGUGACUUCAAGACCCGUAAGGAAGCCUGCUGGGCCAUCUCGAACGCCACCUCUGGUGGUCUGCAGAAGCCCGAGCAGAUCCGCUAUCUUGUCUCCCAAGGGUGCAUCAAGCCCCUGUGCGACCUCCUGGCCUGCCCUGACAACAAGAUCAUCCAGGUUGCUCUGGAUGGUCUGGAGAACAUCCUCAAGGUUGGUGAUAUGGAUAAGGAGACGGCACAGGCCGGUGAGGCCCGCGUCAACCGUUACGCCUUGUUCAUCGAGGAGGCUGGCGGUAUGGAGAAGAUCCACGACUGCCAGAACAACGCCAACGAGGAGAUCUACAUGAAGGCCUACAACAUCAUUGAGAAGUACUUCUCUGAUGAGGACGAAGCGGCCGGUGAUAUCGACGAGCUUGCUCCCCAGCAAACGCAAACCGGCUUCACCCUCGGCACGCAGCAACAGCAGCCGGGCGGUUUCAGCUUCGCCAACGGUGGCGAUUCCAUGGAUAUGUAAAAUGGGAUCUUUCCCAGUCGGCAGUUUUCUUUUUACUUGAAUUGAUACCUGAACUUUUUUUUCCCUUCAACUCUUUUUUCUUGUUAGACCCCUUGCGUGGUGGCAUUCCUGUCCCCCGGCCCCUCCACCCCGCUAUCCCCUCCUACCCAAAAAGAAAAAGAAAAAAUGGAGUAUUUCUUCCUGUUCAUGGACAUUCAUGUUGGUUCUC